GAAGAAGGGCUCUUGUGAGAGAAACAGAGAGAGAGAGCGAGACAUACAUAGAGAAUGAGACAGAGAGGAGAGAGAAUGUUCAUCAUUGAUGGGUUGGAAUUAUUAAGUACUUGUAAGAUGACCACUAGGAAUCGUUGGAAGUUUUGCCAUUGUUUUGUGACAUACUAUUUACUCUACGCUCCACUCUAUAUAUUAUUCCCCUGUCUGCUUGAUAGUCAACACUCAUUAUCAUUCGAAUGAAUAGAGCCUCUAGUAUUUACCAUUAUUAGCAGUCAGUUGCUAAAUUGACCUCAUCCCUGCUACUAAAGGCAUGACUGAGAUGACGGCGGAGUUGAAGGGUCAGGAUAACGCAGCACCAUGGAGACACAGAGGCAGUGUGACACCUCGGGCCAGUAAACUGUGCUCCCGCUCCUUCCUACUUCUCUCAGCUCUACCCCAACAUGACCUUAACCUCAGCAGGAACAGGCAACUGAAUACUCACCUGAGAUUCCGAUAAGAAAAUCCCCGGCAGGUAGCACGGCUUUCGGCGGCACACGACGCGAGCAAAACGCGACACCGGGGCAAGGCGCUGAUUUCUUUCUACGUGCUUGUUUUCAGAUUUAUGAGGAGCUGGAGCGAGAGAUGAACUCUGAGCAGGAAAGGCCGUUCAUUUGCAGCGCUCCAGGCUGCUCUCAGCGUUUCCCCACAGAAGACCAUCUAAUGAUUCACCGCCAUAAGCAUGAGAUGACCCUCAAAUUCCCCCCCAUCAAAAGCGAUAACAUGCUAUCAGACCAGACGCCAACCCCAACACGCUUCCUGAAGAACUGUGAGGAGGUAGGACUGUUUAGUGAGCUGGACUGCUCCAUCGAGCAGGAGUUCUGUAAAGUCCAAGAGGAGGAGGACACCAAACAGAAUAUUGCUCUUCAUGCACAACCAGGCCCCAACCAGCACCAGCAACCUCACAGCCGCAUGGCCAACCAUGAGAGCAGCAUAGUGAUACAGCAAGCAUUACCCUCGCCACAGUCCAGCUCCGUCAUCACGCAGGCUCCUUCCACUAACAGACAGACUGGCCCAGUUCCUGGCUCACUCUCAUCACUGCUACACUUGAGGAACAGACAGCGACAGCCUCUGCCAGCCUCCAUGCCUGGCACUCUGCCCGACCCCACCAUGCAGGGAUCCUCCGCUGUGCUCAUGCCUAUGGAGAGACAAAUGUCCAUGGGCUCCAACAUAAUGGGCAUGCAAGGCCCCACCCACAGCAGCUCCUGUUCCUCUCCUCAUGUAACAUCCAUGCAUUCAGAAGCAAAACUGAGACUGAAAGCUGCUCUGGCUCACCAUCCGGGGCCUAUCUCCAAUGGCAACAUGAAUACGAUGGGUCACAUGAUGGAUAUGAUGUCAUCGCGGCAAGAGCAGAGCCAUCACCAUUUGCAUUCUCACCCUCACCAGCACAUGCAGGCCCCACCCCAUGGUUACCCACACCACGCCCACCACCAUAGCCACAACCAGACAGGUCACCACCACCCGCAGAGCCACGGGCACCAUAACUCACAUCCAGGCCACCUACACCCUGCACACAGCCAUCAGACGUCUCCUCACGCCCCAAUGCACUCCUCUGCACCCCAGUUAUCGCCGGCUGCGCAGCAAAUGCAGCCCACGCAGACGCUGCAGUCUGGACCACCCAGUGGGGGUCGGCGUAGACGUGUGGUGGAUGAGGACCCUGACGAGCGCCGGCGCAAGUUUCUAGAGAGGAACCGGGCCGCCGCUACACGCUGCAGGCAGAAGAGGAAAGUGUGGGUGAUGUCUCUAGAGAAGAAAGCUGAGGAGCUCACCCAGACUAACAUGCAGCUGCAGAAUGAGGUGAGCAUGCUGAAGAAUGAAGUGAAUCAGCUCAAGCAGCUCCUACUGACACACAAAGACUGUCCCAUCACCGCCAUGCAGAAGGAGUCACAGGGUUACCUCAGUCCAGAAAGCAGUCCAGCAGGAAGUCCGACCCCUGUGACCCAGCAGCAGGUCAUCCAGCACAACACCAUCACCACAUCCAACACAGCCCCCAAUCACUGCACAGACAUCAACCCCAUCCACUAGAGACUCUCUCUGACUUAGAUGCUCGAACAGCUGCACCAUGAGCUCCAUGAACAAAGGCACACCUCUGGGCCUUUGCGGCAACUCUUUCUUCCAUAUGUAUUUGGUACAUGUAAAUCUCAUGGUUUCGUUGGUGGUUUUUUUUGUUUUGUUUUUUUCAUUUUUUUUUUUUUGAAAAUAGUUUCUAAAGGAGUCCUAUCAAAAUUACUCCAGUGCUGAACUUUUUAGCAUGACCCGUUCACACAAAGUCACGGUUAAAAAGUUACCGUGAUUUUUACAUAUGAGAGAGCGUUUGAGACUGUUGAGUUUUUGCGUGUUUUACUGACUGUCCCUCAAAUACUACUGCCUUCCCAUAUAUGCAACGGUCAAAUUGUAGCCCUGAUUUGUCCUUUCUUAUUGCUCUGAUCUAUAAUGCCAAAAAAAAGCGGUUCCUUUUUAUAUCUGUUUGUAUUUACAAAUGAUUUAUGAUCAUUAAUUGUUCUGUCACACUUUCAGUCUCCUGCAAGGCGAUGAACUAAGAAAACCUAAUUGAUAAUCCAUUAUGUAUUGAUGACAAUAACAAUGUUAAAUAGAAGCAAUAUACAUCAGCCUGACGAAUGCUCAACAACUUGGCUGUCAUUUUACUGUCAAUUUACCAGAUUUAAUUCACAUCACAACAUCGCAGUGCAGUAAAUUACCUGCUUAGCUGGUGCUUGGCUGUGCUGCUUUCAGCAGUGGCCAGUCGUUUUAAAAUCAAGUUACAUCAAGUAGUGUUUUAUUUGGGUUUGAGUGUCUGCCUUGUUGAAAAUUCGUCAGAAUUCUGAUGAGGCCCACAGUGUGUGUGUGUAUAUGUGUGUGCGCGAAUCUCAUUGGCUGCUCUAGCCAUAUGCUGAAUCUCAGCACGGUGACACCCUUGAGACAUCUCUGCUUACUGAAACCUCUGGGCCAAGUUAGAAAGGCCUUCUGUAAAGUAAGAAAAUAAUGUAAUCACCAGUAAUCAAUGUUUGUUUAAAUCUGCAUGGCCAUUGUUCUGUUGGAUGAAUAUGAGGUUGAAACCUACCCUUUUUUUUUUUUCGCAUGGCCAGAGCAGUCUGUCUCUUAGUUGCUCCUUAAGUCUAUGAUUAUGCAGUAUGUAAUAUGAGCAUACAGUCUAACAGACUCAACAGAUGUUGAUUAGAUUGUCUGGAUUGAGAGACAUCCAGAUUGGGUGCAUAAGAAAGCUUUACGAGCAACUCUGCCUCUCAAGGACCAAGCAAAGACUCAGUAGAGGUCUACAGAAUUUCCUAUAGCAGAUAUGUAGGGCUCUGUAGGAGGUCAAAUCUGCUGCUGCACUGGAGAUCUUCAUAUUGAUAGCAGCUUCUUUUUACUAUAAGGACAUUCCAAUGUGAACCCUUUGUAUCUUUGUUUGGUUGUUUGUACAAAGGACCUCUUUACCUCAGGACUGCAUAAUCCCAGACACGAAGCUGCCCUCUGUAGCCAUGAGUGGCUGAGCAGACCUUGAACCCCUGAUGAGGUUGUAUCAAUUAGCUGUCUCCCUUUAACUUUGACUUAUUACUUAGCGCUUUAGUUCAUUUGUCUGCCUCUAAGAGAAUGUAGCAUUUAACUAUUUCUAAACAGGUACCAAUCUAAACUAUGCUUUCCAACUCUCACAAUGUGCCUCAACUAUUUUGUGACUUACUCACAUGCAAAAGAAUGUCAGCUAUUAUUAAUACCAUGCAAUUUUUUUUGUGUUGAAGGUUUGAUGCUCUUUUGUAAAAGUUUGUACUAAUUGCUUGUUUGCAUGGAGCAGUUCUUGGGGAUUCACUUUGGUGGACACUUGGGUAUUCGUCUGGACCUUGGAGGCCUGUGAUGAGAGCACCUUGACCUUCUUUGACUUUUCUCAGGCAUCCAUCGUCAAGCCCAACUAAAUCGUUAAGACUGCACCAAAAUGUCCCCCCCAACAGGAUAAAAGGUCCUUCUUCUAGCAGCUGAACUUUCAAGUAUUCCCCAGCUUGUCAAGGACACUUUAGCCCUCUUAAUUGGAACAUAUUGAUUUCCUUCACCUUUCCAUGCAGCACUGUGUCUGGAGCGGGAGCAUGCUAAACCACCUCCACAUUUAGAGGAGGAUCCAUGUAGCUGUCUAUGCACUUUGACCUCUGCGUGUACAGCAGAGUUUGAAAUAGCCAUAUUGAAGACUCAGUGAUUCUUCUGUUCCCACACCAGCGAGAUGCAGCCCCUGUCGUCCCAUGGAGACAGAGGCAUCGCAGCCUUUUGUAUCUCCCAAAAAAAAAAGGAGUCCCUUAUUGGGCCAUCCUACUGGAAUCCAAGGAAAUGUAUAUCUUCACUUUCAGACUUUGUGUCUAGAUGCUCUUACAGCUUUAAAACAUUUCAGAUGUCUCUUUCUAUCUACGCAACUUUGUAGAUAACCUUUGUAGGUUUUUCACACUGUGAAGGUGGCUGGGGUAGUAAUGUGAAAUAGAACAAUAAUGUUUUCUAUUGAGUCUAAGACCUCAUGUGUUGUGUUUGCAUUCGGUCAGUUGCAGCAGUUGCCCCAUUGAACAAUGUAACUGAAGCCAGCACUUGCUUGUAAAGAGCACUGUAAAGAGGCCUUUUCUUUUCUUCCAUGAUUGUGGUUUGUUACAGCUUAACGCAAACCUGAUAAUAAUACGUGUGUCAUCUCGGUGUGCAUUUCAAUACUGCACUCUAGUUUCUGCAUUGCAAUGUAUUGAGCUAGCGAGAAAGUUGGCCACCAUAGCUGUCUUAAUCCAGACUAAAAAUAGACUGGAUAUUUGUACGGAACUUUGUGCAUCCACGUUCUCCACUGCGUUAAAGGUUGUAUAUUACAGGCUUAAACCUGGAAGGCGCAUGAAAGAUAACAUUUACAUGGGUCUCUAUGGAGGACCAUAUGGUUGUCGUUUGACACAUUUAUCAUCCAGCAACAUGUCUCAGACCACGCUGGAGUAGCAAAGUUAAACAACCAUCAGACGUCGUGCGGUGUUUCAUCUCCUCAGUCUUUUCAUUUCAAAUGACAGCAGAUCAGGUUAACGUCCACUACGGGCGACAUCACCUCUGCUUACCACAGAGGCUGAGAGCAAAACAGAUACAACUGGAAUGAUUUAUAAAAGGAAAACAAUACAGAUUAAUCUCAAUUUGUUGAUUUGGACAUCGUUCCUUUUUAAAAUGAGUGAAUAGUUUUGUCUUUUGUACUUGCUUUCUAAGAAAAUGGAGAGAAACGUGUGCGUGUGCUCGUGUGUGUGUGGGCGUUAUUUUUUUUUGCAAGAUGGUGGACAUUAAAAAAGUAUAAAUGUAUCAUUUGAAGCAUAAAAAUAUAAAUAUUGUAUAGAUUCUCAUUAAUCUUGCUCAUGUAAUGCAACCACCUUUCUUCUCGAAAGGAGUCAAUGUUUGGUACAUAUUGUAAAUAAUGUCUGCAAAGCACUUCAAGUGUUUGUUCAAAUGUCUGUUCGUUUCUGCGCAUAAACCUUUCCUUGUUUAUUCCACAUCCUGGAUUCAAACAUGCCUGCAUAACUUUGUACAUUUUAUAUAUGUUUGUUUGUUCAUUUGUUUGUCUAUGCAUAUGUACAGAUGUGAGAUCACAGCAGCUAUAUUACAGUAUGGAAAUAAAGCACUUGUUCAGUAACAAAGCAAGCCAAGUUUUUAUUAAGGAAAAGAUAAAAAAAAAAAGAAAAAAGAUUUAAAUCAUUACUGGUCAUUUGUUAAAUGAAGUGCAUCAAGCUAGACUUACAGCUACACUUUUAUACAGGAUAAUACGUAUCAAAAUUAUUGUUUGUAUUUUAUCUAUAUACAGUACAUUCGGAAUUUAUUCAGACCCUUUCUUUUUUCACAUUUGAUCUUGCAGCCUCAUGCUAAAAUGCUUU